AUGAACAAGCAAAGCACACUUAGUAGUUGGCUGAGUAAGCAGAAUCAAUCAUCUACUGCAACAAGUAUAGAUGCAAUAGUUAAAGAUGAUAAUUCUAUUACGAAUAUUCCGUCUCCAAAAAAGAGGAAAGUUGAUCUGUCAGAUCAAAAGGUAUUUAAUAUUUUGGGUCCUACUGAAAAUUCAAGUUAUAAAGAUCAACCUUUAGAAGUAUUUGAAUUCAGUUAUGAUAUAGGGAAUUUUUUAAAACCUACACAUCCUUCUGAUCACAUAAAGUCUAGGAUUCUUGAGAAAUUGAAUAUUCCAGAAGAUAAUUUUGCUUAUCCUUUCUCAGUACAUACUAAGAAGUCCAAAGAAGAAAAACGGUUUCUUAAGCUCUCAUAUUUUGAAAAAUAUAAGUGGUGUUGUAAGCCCAGUUGUAUCCGUGCUUACAGAGUUCGCGGUUUGCCGUUUUCUACUAUUAUGUCCAAUUUAUGUUACUGA